AUGGUGGACGCGGCGGAGUGCGGGGUGUGCGGGGUGAAGGUGAUGUGUCGCUUCAGGCCGCUGAACGACGCGGAGCGGAGCCGCGGAGACAGAUUUACCCCUAAAUUCAACGGAGACGACACGGUGGUGGUUGCGGGGAAGCCGUACGUGUUUGACAAAGUCCUCCCUCCUCACACUGAACAGGUUCAGGUGUACGACACCUGUGCCAGACAGAUCGUCAGAGAUGUGUUGGGGGGAUAUAAUGGGACGAUCUUUGCGUACGGUCAGACGUCGUCAGGAAAGACUCACACCAUGGAGGGGAACCUGCACGACCCUCGUCUGAUGGGAAUCAUCCCUCGUAUCUCCAGAGACAUCUUUGAUCACAUCUACUCCAUGGACGAAAACCUGGAGUUUCACAUCAAGGUGUCUUACUUUGAGAUCUACCUGGACAAAAUCAGAGACCUACUGGAUGUGUCAAAGACCAACCUGGCUGUUCAUGAGGACAAGAACCGGGUUCCCUUCGUCAAGGGUUGUACGGAGCGUUUUGUUUCCAGUCCUGAGGAGGUGAUGGACGUCAUCGACGAGGGAAAAGCAAACAGACACGUCGCCGUGACCAACAUGAACGAGCACAGCUCCCGCAGUCACAGUAUUUUCCUGAUCAACAUCAAGCAGGAGAACGUGGAGACGGAGACGAAGCUGUCGGGGAAACUCUACCUGGUCGACCUGGCAGGCAGCGAGAAGGUGAGUAAAACAGGAGCAGAGGGCGCCGUGUUGGAUGAGGCCAAGAACAUCAACAAGUCUCUGUCUGCUCUGGGGAACGUCAUCGCUGCUCUGAGUGAAGGAACCAAAACCCACGUCCCGUACAGAGACAGUAAGAUGACCCGGAUCCUUCAAGACUCUUUGGGAGGAAACUGUCGAACCACCAUCAUCAUCUGCUGCUCGCCGUCCGUUUACAACGAGGCUGAAACCAAGUCCACCCUCAUGUUUGGACAGAGAGCUAAAACCAUAAAGAACACAGUGUCUGUGAACCUGGAGCUGACAGCCGAGGAGUGGAAGAAGAAGUAUGAGAAGGAGAAAGAGAAGAACAGGACUCUGAACAUCAUGAUGCAGAAACUGGAGAGUGAGCUAAAACGCUGGAGGAAAGGUGAGUGUGUACCUGCUGAGGAGCAGCUGAGCAGCAGAAGCAGCAAGAAGAGUGCCAGCAGUGACACGACAGUAGUGAUGGACAGCUUGGCCCCACCUCCCGCCCCCCUGUCGGACGAGGAGAAGUCGCAAUACGAGACGCUCAUCACCGACCUGUACCAGCAGCUGGACGACAAGGACGAUGAGAUCAACCAUCAGAGUCAGACGGCUGAGACACUCAAACAGCAGCUGAUGGAUCAGGACGAGCUGUCGGCAUCGAACCGCCAGGACUACGAGCGUCUGCAGGAGGAGGUGUCCCGGCUGCAGAGAGACAACGACUCGGCCAAAGAGGAGGUGAAGGAGGUGCUGCAGGCGCUUGAGGAGCUCGCUGUCAACUACGACCACAAGAGCCAGGAGGUAGAGGACAAGAACCGCUGCAACGAACAGCUGAACGAGGAGCUUGCACACAAGACUGUGAGUCUGGAGGCCGUUCUGAGGGAGUUCUCCACUCUGCAGGAUCUGAGCUCUCAUCACAAGAAGAGAUCAGCAGAGAUCCUCAACCUACUGCUCAGAGACCUCAGUGACAUCGGCAGCGUCCUCGGUACCACCGACCUCAAAGCUAUGACGGAGACGAGCGGAGCGAUGGAAGAGGAGUUCACCACAACUCGACUCUACAUCAGUAAAAUGAAAUCUGAGGUAAAAUCUCUGGUGAACCGGAGCAAACAGCUGGAGGUCAGCCUGACGGAGAACACCUGCAGGAUGGAGGCCAGCGAGAAGGAGCUUAACACCCUUCAGCUGCUCGUCUCACAGCUCCAGGCGAAGAUGGCGUCUCUGACUGCUGACCUACAGACAGUGGAGCAGAAGAAACGGCAGCUGGAGGAGAGUCAGGACGCUCUGAUGGAGGAGAUUGCCAAACUCCAGGCUCAAGAUAAAAUGCAUGAAGUGACGGUAAUGGACAAAGAGAAAGAACACAUGAGCAGACUGAAUGAUGCUGUUGAGAUGAAGAGAACUCUGGAGGAACAGAUGGAGAACCACAGAGAAGUUCAUCAGAAACAGCUGAGUCGACUCCGAGAUGAGAUCCAGCAAAAACAGAGGAAUGUCGACCAACUCAAAGAUGUGAAUCAGUUUCUGCAGCUGGAGAACAGGAAGCUUCAGUCUGACUUUGACAAACUGAGAGCAGAGGAUCAGAACAAAGACCAGAAACUCCAGAAACUGCUGUUCCUGAAUGAGAAGAGGGAGCAAGCCAAAGAGGACCUGAAGGGACUGGAGGAGACAGUGGCCAAAGAGCUGCAGAUGCUGAAUAACCUUCGUAAACUGUUCGUCCAGGACAUCGGCUCUCGAGUGAAGAACAGUUCAGAGAACGACAGCGACGAGGCCGGCGGCAGUCUGGCUCAGAGACAGAGGAUCGUCUUCUUAGAGAAUAACCUGGAGCAGCUUAGUAAGGUCCACAAACAGCUGGUGCGGGACAACGCAGACCUUCGCUGUGAGCUGCCCAAGCUAGAAAAGCGUCUGCGGACUACAGCAGAGCGAGUGAAAGCCCUGGAAACCGCCCUGAGGAAUGCUAAAGAGUCAGCUGUGAGAGACCGCAAACGAUACCAACAGGAAGUGGACCGCAUCAAAGAAGCUGUCCGCUCCAAGAACGUCUCCAGGAGAGGACACUCUGCUCAGAUAGCCAAGCCAAUCAGAGCCGGACAUCAGCAGCCAUCAUCCUCUCCAUCCACCAGACCGACCAUCAGAGGAGGGGGGGCAGUAGCAUCUAGUCCACGUCAUCACUCCCCCCGACAGCAACCACCACAACAACAACCCCAUCAGAGCCACGGCAAGUAGACUCAGUUAGACGACUGGAUCAGUUUUCUUCUCUGUGGAUUUUUGGAUUUCUGAAUUCUCCUAUUCUCACCGCUCUGCCUUUACUGGAACCAGACUCCUCGUUUCCACAGCUUUCCACCUUAACAGCCAUUCCACCUUAACAGCCAACAAGUGCUUUCUUCUGUCUUUCUCUUUUGUUUCUGAUGGAACAUCAGUCAGCUCUGGUGCUGUUUGUCUGAUGAGAUCAGUUCAGUUUGAUGAGUUGAACAAGUUCAAUAUUUAUUUUAAUGAGGAUCAGCAGUUCAGACCUGUUAUAAAAGACAAAAUGAAUGAAAAGUUAGGAAUGAUAAAAAAUAAAAGCACUGCAGGGAAAUCAAAAUAAGACAUGUAUAGUUUAUUAUAGUUUAUCUAUAAUGUUUAUUAUAUCUCAUAGUGAUAGGGAUCUCUUAGGGAUUUGAAUUAAAAGUGAUCAUUUGGAUUUGUCCUUUAUCAGGGUGAAACCAGACUCGGCAGAGAAAUUAAUAUAAAUAAGUAAAAUAUAAUAUUGUGACAGUAUUGUGUCCACUAUCAGGAAAUAAAGGUAACAUGUUGCUAAUAUAGCGAAAGUUAUAUUAUGAGAUAUAGCUGGAAUUUUACAAUAAAAACAAUGUUCUCUAACAUAUAAUAUUAAGUAUAAAGUUGGACACUCAUAACUUCAUAAUUUUACAUUUCAUGAUAAAACAGUAUUUCUAACUUCAUUGUGUGUAUACUAUCAACAUGUAUUGCAAACAGUGAAUACUGUUAAUAUUAAAUUCAUUUCUAAAAAUACAAUUUUACCUCAGUGUUAUUUUUCUUGUAAACUUACAGAGCCAUUUGGUCAAACUGCGGCUUUAUUUCUCAUAAUAUUGUGACUUUCCUGACACCGAGUCAAAUCUCAUAUUUUGACCUCAUGAGCCAGAUUUAUAAUGAUCUUUAAAUGGAAGUGAAAUAGGACAAAUACACAAAUAGAUAAAACGAACACAAACAGUAAUUAAGGUAGAAUAUUAUUGUGACUUGGGACAUGUUAUUUUAUAAAAGAUCAUUUUUAUGUUACACUAUCUUGUGAUUUUUAAACAGUAUAAUGAUACAAGGUGUUUUAUUAUUCCUAACGUUUCAUGGACUGAAAGUGUUGACACACUGAUAUUGUUCUUUGAUAUUUCAACAUUAUUUCUGAAGUUUUUUAUAAAUGUUAUCAAUGGAAAGUCUUUUUUACUUUGUUGGAACAGUAUUCAUCAGCUACUCAACAAGUGUUUCUGCAUAUGUGAUUUUUCUUCAGUGUAAAACAGUGCUUACUUGCUGCUGUGUGUCGUGAGUCUUUAUAGCAGCAGUGUCUGUGAGUCUGUGGACUUGAUGUGUUAAACUUUGGUGCAGUUGUUGUGUAUCCUGCAGUGUGUUGAUGGUUGUGGACAGUAACACAGCAGUGAGGUGACCGUUGGACUUUCAUACUGAUCGACCAUCACAAAUGUAUUGUUACUGUUAUUAUCAGCUGAUGGCUGUGUCACAACACUCCUGUUCAACGAUUGGUUGAGUAACAGGAAGUAAAUGAUGUUCCCCACUGACACGAUGCUGAUCUUUCAGGAAGUCGUGUUAUCUGUAGCGUUUAUGGUCACUUUACUUUAAUCCCUACCUGCUGACUACGGUGAUCAGCUGAUUAUAGUGAUCAGCUGAUUAUAACAAGCAGUUACAGUGAUCAGAAUAAUUUCUAUACAAAUACAGUUGAAAUAAUUCUUUUACAGUCAUCAUGUUCCUUCUGGAUCUUUUCAUACAACAUAUGAAAAAUGAUUAGCUGUCAUAUACUGAGACUCUUUCAACACUGAACCAGGUGUUUGGAGACAUUGUGUAAUGACUUCCUGCUCUCUCUACUCAAAAUGCCUGGACCAUCUAUAUUCAAUUUUUCAAUUAAAUUUUAUUUCUACAGUGCCAAAUCACAGAGAACAUUAUCUCACGGCACUUUACAGGGUAAGGCCAAGACCUUACUUUAUUAUAGAAAGAAACCCAACAAUUCCCACUAUAUCUAUCACUAUAAGCAGUUUCCACUGUAUUUGUGUUUCCAGCUCAAUUAGAAACUAAUCUAUAACCUGCUGACUUGUGCGAAUAAAUUCAAGGUCCAUUAAAACAUGUAUUAUUUGCUGAUGUGCAGAAAUGAGUCUAACACGUAACUACACAUUUAUGAACCGUUUUACAGCGUGGUACAGACAUAAACAUGAAAUGGGGUUAAAAUAAAUUGAUGUGUGUCAGUGUCAUUGUGACAGGGUUACACUUAUUAUUGAUGUUGAUAUGUUUCUAUAUGAACAUUAUCUGAAUGAAGUACAGAGUAAAAAAACCUUCAAAGGUUUAAUUUUGACUCCCAGCACAAGUGAACUAAAGGAUCAGCCAGGGAUUUUUUGUGUAUAUUCAUAAAGAUGAUAAAAAAUGUUCAUGAGGAAAGGAAGGAAAAGAAAAUGACUGAAGCACAGGUGGAUCUGUCAUACUGUAAUAAAUUUCAUCAUGUCAUA